AUGGGUUGCUUUUUGAGCAGAGAAGAAGUGUUAGUAGAUGAGAAGAAGAGUAAAAAGAAAGAUAGAAGAAACUCAUCAAAGCCAUAUAAUUCAAGCAAGAAAAACAAAAGAGGUUAUAAUUCUUAUGGCACUGGAUGUACGGAGGACGGAGGCGAAUAUGGUUAUGGCGGCGGCAACAGCGGUGAUGGCGGUGGUGGUAAAGAUGGUGGCAUGGUUGUAAUGUCAGCGGCUGCGGUAGUUGCUUUUAGUGCUAUAGCAGCUGCUGCUGUUAUGGAUGAUGGUGGUGGCGAUUUUGGCGGCGGUGGUGAUUGUGGUGGCGGUGGUUGCGGUGGCGGCGGCUGCGGUGGAGGUUGA